AUAUAGUAUCAAAGCCUGAUUGUCCAGCCAUCGGCAAGCAACAGAAAUCGCAGCGAUUUUGGUCUACCCGAAAAGUUCUCUCCUUAACCAGAGUAGUUUCCCGAAGACGCAAAAAAGUUUAUACAUUAUACAUUAAACCGAAAUGAAGUUGUACGCCAUCGUGAUCCUUUUCGCCUGCUGUCUUUUGGCGGCACAGGCGGCACCCGAGAAGAAGAUGGCCCAGAAGUCGCGUCAAGCGGACCAGGACGUCAAGGUGGGCCAGGCCGCUUCUAGCGCUGGUGGAUCGACCACUGCCAAGGAUCCCUCCAGCGGCAGGCUGUUCCUCAAAAAGUUCCUGACCUUCAAGAACCUGUUCAGCAGCAACAACCAGCCGGUGAUACCGAUCAUUAUCACAGGUGCCGGAACCGGGACGUCCACUGGCACAAGCUCACCCACAUCGCCCACGGUGACGGUGACCUCAACGGGCACGAUUCCCUCGGCCACUGGCACCAUCACCACAUCGCCCACGACACCCACAUCGCCCACAACAACCGCCGCACGGCGAACGGUUAUCAAGGGUGCCCGCUAUGGCAGCAACGAUGACGAACAGGAGAUGAAUAACGAGCAGGAUCAGGACCAGGAUCAGGAUCAGGAACCAGAACAGGACCAGGAGCUGGCCCAGCCCGCCCAGGCCUACCCCGCCGAAUUGAUGGACGAGCAGGCUCUGCAGGCCGCCCUGGCCGCUGGCGCCCAAGAAUACGAGGUGGUUACUACCGGCCACGAGGUGCAGGGAACUGGAGGAGCUACCGGCGAAGGCGGCAAGGCCACCCAAAGCAAUAACCACAUCAGCCUGCGACGCAAGGGCGCCCGCCGCGGCCAGGUAAUCAGCGUUCGCAUUCCACCCCGGUAUCGUCGCUAUUUCAAGAACGGCCAGAAGGUGAUGCUCAACACCGGUAGUCGUCCCGCCUCCAAGCGCCGCGUGGUCCGCAAGCGAGUGCCUGCCAAGAAGAUCAACAAGAACAACAACCGGAGGCGCAAGGGCAACAAGAAGAACCGUCGCAAUCGCAACAAGAACCGCCGCAAUCGCAUCACCGCCGUCUAAGGAUCAUUCAAGUUCAGGGGAUCCUGCGAUCCGACCACUUCCAGCAAAAUAAUUUUUUUUUUCUAAUUUAUUGUAGCCUAACUUGCUACUGCCGCACUUCCUGCGACAGGAUAAACCAUAAAUAAAGCCAUUCAAGAGUA